GACAGAUGUGGGUGAUGUAUGAUUUUUGCCCAUUUACUUGCAAAUAUAUCGAGGAUGGGUGCAUGAAAGACCAGAGAGAAAAAGUUUAUUACGAAGUAAAAACUAGUCCAUCAUUUUCCACUUAGCGUCUUGACUCUCUGCUCGUUUUCUUCACCAUAUAAAGAUUUCUAUUUCUUCACUUCAUGAAAAUUAUUCCCAACAUAUAAUUCGAACGACAAAAGUCAACACAACUCGAUCCACAUAACGUCUUCACAAAUACAUCGUCAAAAUGAAGGUCUUGAAUGUAUGUGUCUUCGCCCUCAUCGCCUUCUUCAACCUGAUCAUAGCAUCGGAGAUCCCACAAUCCUCUACCCUAGACGGAAAUGCGGCCUCGCUCAACAUGACCACCCCCGAAUGCAACCCAUCAUUCGCCAUACCAUCCUCCAAAUCCCCCCCCACGAAAACCAAACGUGAAGAAGACGGCAAAUCCCAAGCGACCAAAGUCGCCCGCAAAGCACCCACCGAGAGUGCCAUCGCCAAAGCCAAAGCCAAAGCCAAACUCUAUAAAGUCAAGAAACAAAAGCCAAAGCCCAAGGUCACACCGCAACCAUGCAAAUAUCCCGGGUCCCGCCCAUGCAUCACGCAAAAAGAGAUCGAUCAAGGAUGGCACGAUAAGAAAGGCUGUUACAACAGAUCCUUGUUCUUCACUUACGGGAUAACACAUUGUUGGGAGGAGGGAGAUGACUGUGUUAAGCCAGACUGCAGAUAUUAAACCUAUGGAAAUUGAUGGCAUAUAUAUCAUAUAGAGUGAGAUUGGUGAAACUGAAGGAGGUUGACCAUCUAGGUUUAUUAUCAGUGAGCAACAAAUGUAGUUAAAGAAAAGGGUGAUCAUAUAGGGGACAUACAAAUAUCGUUUUUGUCGUUGAUUUAAACGAAAUUUGAAGAUGUCAUUAUUGUUAAUGUCAAUAUCAUAUAAUGGAAAAUUGAUUAUUGAUUCUCUAGAAGAGAAAAAAAUUGAAUAAAGAGAAAAAUAUUGUAUCUUGUUA